AUUUUCAUUUUCUACGUAUAUGAAGUGGGGGGUAAAAUUUAGCGCUAUGCCAAAGUAACUUUUCCACGCGGACGGAGUCGCGGGCGAAAGUUAGUAAGAAAUACAUCUUCCUUGUGAAUGUUAGUUUUGACCUCCUAAACUAAGUUUAAUCGAAUAUACCAGUAAAUAUUUUUUACCGCACUAUUGUGUUGGACUGUUGGUAUAGAAUGAACACCUUGACACUAUACAAUGCCGCGUAACAGUUUAUAUAAAUCAGAUGGCGUUCCGUUGAUUUUAAUAGUGAGCGAGCUUUCAUUUGGUGUGACCAGUUCGCUUCGGGAAUAUGAAGAGAAAAGUUUGUGCGUUUUUCGCGUUCAGCAGUGUCGUGUCAAUAUUCGGAGCCUUACCUGAUGUCCAGAAAUGUAAUCUGACCGAUGCAGUAUGCCUGAAGACGUCAGCGCAAUCGAUGGUGCCGCAGCUAACCGAUGGAUUACCGGAUUUGGGGUCUAAGGUGUUAGAUCCCCUUUACGUGGAAGCCAUAAAAGUUGACCUUGCCGGAUUGAAGUUGGCGCUUACUGAUGCACAGAUAACUGGAAUGAAAGAUACAAUCAUUGACAAAUUGAGCGUGGAUUUAGCAAAAAAACAGAUACAAGUUAUCUGUCACGUCAGUGUUUACUUGAAGGGUAAAUAUAAGGCUUCAGGGAAACUCCUCAUUUUGCCCAUCACAGGUGAUGGGGACACAACUAUUAAACUAAAGAAUCUCAGGAUCCAAAUGAUAUACCCGUUCAACCUUGUUAAGAAUUCGGAAGGAAAGGACGUUAUCGACUUAAGCAGCUACAGAUAUAGCUAUGACGUCAAAGACAACGCGCACUUUCAUAUGACGAAUUUGUUUAAUGGUAACAAACAAUUAGGUGACGUGAUGUUGACCUUUAUGAAUCAAAAUUGGAAAGCGUUGACGCAGGAAUUCGGAAAACCACUCCUCGAAAUACCCAUGGAGAUGGUUUACAAUACAGUCAAAACAUAUUUAAAAUCUCAACCUUUAGAGGACAUAGCUAAUUUAUAAGACAAUGCCAAAGAACCUUUAUUUUUAAGAUUGUAAGUAGAUUUUAUAUUGCAUAAUUGAGAUGAAUGGGUCAUUGUAAGAAAUAUCACAAUAGUAAUUUAAUUUAUUGGAGUGGUCGUUGCAUUCGUAUCAAGCGAUGAAACGGUGUUCGAAUAUCGCAGGAAAGAACCAAAUAUUUCUAAUGAAAUAAGUACUUUACAAUUCAUGUUUGACUUCUACGGUGAAGGAAUAAUAAACAUCGUGUAGUAAAAAUCAAACCCGAAAAAUUAUGAUUUGCGUAAUAGCUGCUGGUUGAACGUCUUGUAAUUCCGCACGAGUGGGUACCACCACUACCACCCUGCCUAUUUCUGCUGUGAAGCAGCAAUGCGCUUUGGUUUGAAGGGUGGGGCAGCCGUUGAACUGUAAAAACUGAGACCUUGGAACUCAUUCAUGUCUGUCAUGCCAUGUGGGUGGUGGCAUUUACGUUGUAGAAGCUUAUGGGCUCCGGUAACCACUUAAAACCAAAUGGCCGUGAGUUCGUCCACCCGUCCAAGCUAAAAAAAACUUAUGUUUGUUUCUGAUAUUGUUAUUAGUUUUUUACAAAAUGAAAAAAAUUACUACAUUUUUGUGAGGGUAUUUUUAAGAAUGUCACAGAAUUGGGUUGAUAAAUAUAAUUAGAAUCUUAUUAAAAUAAGCUUGUCAAGAAUGUGAUAAUUGAAACAUAUUAUAUUUAAAGUUAUAUUUAUAUACACAAUUUAUUUGGGAAAUGAUACUGAUUAUUUUUUACCAUAUUUUUCGAUUGCUAAACAUUACUUGCAUUGAAAAACACAUUUGUUGUUUUGAUUUAUUUCCAAAUCCUGUAUUAUUAAUAAACGUUACCUACUCCUUUUCGGAAAACAACAACAUUGUUUGAGAUAAAAAAAUAUGUUAAAUAAGCUAUUUAGUUUAAUAAUAAGGUCUUAGAAUGUAAUCUAUUUCUUCUAUGUUAGUGCUUUUGUGUAUAGAGCUUUAAAGAGAAAAUUGCAUAAAAUGUAAUUAAGGAUUC